AUGGCUCAGAGAAUCGCCAGUCUCGACAAUCAGACCUCCGGCCUUGGCGUCGGCGAAACUCCCGCCAUGGCCAACCUCGUCUCUUCCUACGGUACCACACUGUUCAUGUGCAUUCUCUACACCACUCUCGGUAGCUCCAAUUAGUCGAAUUAAUUCGAAGACUGAUUUCCAGGAAGUCUAUCCAUUAUCACAAACAUCAUCCAUCUCAGUGUCUACGCUUCGACUUGCGAGUUCCGUCGGAAGUAUCUCUUCUUCAUCGCUCUCGAGAUUGGGGAACUCAUCAAUGGUGAGACCUUUUUCAGGACAAAUCCUGACAACCCGGUUUCAGCGAUCAGUUACGUCCUCACUGGGAUGGGCCGCGGCACAGAACUUCUCGAAGGGAGCAUGCAAGAUCCAAUCACCGUUCAUCAGUGCUUCUACACGGUUCGUGAACUUCUUCCUAAGACCCAUACAUCACGACUAUCUUACCAGUCUUCGGUCUUCUCAUAGAAAUAAUUUCCUACUUUUAUUUCACAUCACCCUGGUCGCAUAACUACCGUAAUAUCGUGAACCGAAUUUCGGCGACAAAUAAAAAUAGCAACACAACUUUUGCCUCAUCUCAUUUUAGCAACUUUUUUUUCUCUUUUCUUCGAAUUCUUUCUUCAUAAUAACGAUUAAAAGAAGACAAUGUUCUCUUUAUUGUAGGAAAUUUUGAAAACAUCUGCUCAUAUUUUUUGGAAAGCAGAAUGAAUGUUUUUUUUCUUGUUUUGCUUUGCAAAAAACCUAACAGAAUUUUAUUCGAAGUUACAUGAUUAAGUUGAAUAAAAUGAAAGAUGCCAUUUAAAAAAAAAACACAACAAACGAAAAAAAAACAAUUAAAAAGACAAAAGAAGAUUUUUGGAACCGCUUUCGGAACUAAUCAGGAAUCGACUAGCCUGAAUUUAAGCAGAACAUAAAAAAGUUGACGAUAUUUGAAAAAUUUUCAGAAAUACUGGCCUCACGCGUUGAUAUUGGGAACUGAACUUCCGGCCGUUUGCAUGAUAAUCAUCUCGACAGAACGCAUUUUUGCUGUCCUCAAGCCUGGCGCUUACAAAAGAGUUUUCACUGGACAUCGCAAAUUUCUUCUGCUGAUGCUGGUUCCUCUGUUUGGCACGGUUUGUGACUUUAUUAUUUGCUUUUUAAGUGAGUGGGAAAUGGAGAAAGUUAGAUUGAAACGAAUUGAGAUACUUCCACAGUGUUGUUCCGAGAAUGAGGGACUUUUCAGGUCUCCGUGUCCAUCGGAGGUUUGUCAGCGUUGGGAAGUGAAAGGGACCGGCUGAUUCCGACCCGUCACUGCGCCAUCAUCAACAGCACCGCCAAGUGGUCAGACUUCUGAGAUUUCGCUCAUCUAUUGAUAACGAUCACUCUACUCUAAAAAUUGAAAAAAAAAAACAAUUUUCUGAUGUACCGGUCUUCUGAAAGGACCCAUCUGCAAAAAAUUUUUGAAAAAAGGUAUAAGUCUCUUGAAAAAUAAGAAAAUUUUGGGAUUCGCUUCUUCAAUGUCUAAUUUACUGGAUUUUUUGUAAUUUCUAAUGGACAAACUUUUUUGAUUCUCCCAAUAGCUCUUCUUGAAGGUACUCGACGUUCCAUUUUCUGUUUGGCGUUACCGCCUACACAAUGUCUUUUGCGUCGACGACGAUGGUCUGGUCGAUGAGAAAGGUUGGCGAGGAAUUCUGACUUCUGAGACCAUCGUUCAGUUGCAGAAAUACAGCAGUUCGCGAUUCGGCAGCGAAGACAAACUCAGCGUGGUGAUGGCCAUUUCGGCUUCGUCGAUUCUUCUCGUGGCUCUGCCCGCCAUCGUCAUGAUCUGCAUCCGAUGGGACGUCGCCAGCUUCAACGACGUCCAGGUCGCCCUGACCUACGCCUGCCCGGGGUUCGCCUUAUUUUCCCCGCCCUUCUCUCAACUCCUGGUUUCAGAUUUCUCUCAAUCGCCAACACGAUCAUAUCCUUCAAGUUCAGAAAAGAACUUCGACAUCAACUUCUCCUUCUUCUGGGCCUCAAGUUAGUCAGCUGAUGCUCUAUUUUUGAUCCAAAAAUAUGACAAUUAGGUCCCUUGUUUGGUAAUCCGAAUUAAUGAGAAGUUUUUACGCAACUCUUCUCAGCAGAGUCUCAAUAAUUCCACAAAAAGCGUCGUUCCCAUGACAUUCAUAUAUGAAUGAUCAUAGCGUGCAGCGGAACUCAUUAUUUUUUUUCCUAGAAAAAAGAACAAGUAGACGAAUUUCAUUACCAGUUUCUCAUUUUAUUUUCGGUUACGUCACCUUUGCAAGUUGAUAUAAAGAUCAAAAUAUGGCUUGUUUGGUGAAAUGUAAGCGUUGAAGUUUUUUCAUGCAGUUUUCGAUAUGAAGAUUUUGUGAGAAUUAUUCAAACUUGAGAAAAAAAUAUUUGCCGAGUAAAUAAAUUUUCUCGAAAUUUCGAAAUUUACAAGUUUAAAUACAAAGUUUACUCCUACGAAAAAUACUUUGAAUACUUAGGCUGAAAUCAGGACGAAUUUUGAAAAGAACGUAGAAAUCUUCAAGCUCUCAUUUAUUUUUAUCUUACUAGGGAACCUCUCACACUCGGAUUGGAGGAUCGAGUGGAAAUUUUGGCGGAUGAUAUACCUAGGUAAGAAAACUCGAAAACAAGAGAAAGUAGUUCAUAAACCACGGAAAAAGCCUGAAAAAAAGGUGUAGAGAAAGCUCAAAAUCUGUCAAUUUGUAUGAAAAAAGAGCGUAUUCAGAAUCUAGUCAUCAGUUCAUAAAACUCAAAAAAAAUUCAAAAGGAGUUUGAAUUUUCCUGGAAAUAAGGUUCUUGUUGCAGGAAACAAGCGGCCAUCAUCAAAGUGUUCAGCGCCUCGAUGAAGACGACGCAAAUCACACGACAUUCUUGA